GCUGUCAAAAUAACAGUAGGCAGGCGCAGGGUACACGUUUUGUGUUUGUUGAUUUGAGGUUAAAACAAGUAGUGAACUUGAAACUUUUGUUCAUAAUUCAGAAUGGGGAAGAAAAAACAAUCUGGGGAUUCUCUUGGUCGAUCACUUAUAAAAGAUAGAUUUGGAUCAAGGCAUAAAUCUGGUAAUAGAUCUAUGUUACACACCUCUGAGUUGAAUGAUGGUUAUGAAUGGGGACGACUCAACCUGCAAUCAGUCACCGAGGAGAGCUCCUUCCAAGAGUUCCUGUCUACUGCCGAGCUGGCAGGCACUGAAUUCCAGGCAGAAAAGUUAAACAUCAAAUUUGUGAACCCUGCAGUCGGUGUAGGACUGCUCACCACAGACGAGAGGAAAAAUGUAGAGAAAAAACAUUCUGAGUUUAAGAAUCUGCUGAAGAUUCCUAGGAGGCCAGCUUGGGAUAAAGGAAUUUCGGCUGAUGAGCUGCAACUGCGGGAGAAGAACCAGUUUCUGGAAUGGAGACGAGGGUUGGCAACACUGCAGGAUGAAGAGGGGUUGCUGCUCACACCAUAUGAGAAGAACUUGGAUUUCUGGCGGCAGCUGUGGAGGGUAGUGGAGAGAAGUGACAUCGUUGCUCAGAUCUUAGAUGCACGCAACCCACUUCUGUUUCGGUGUGAAGAUCUCGAGCGGUACGUGAAGGAGGUUGGCCGGGAGAAACAGAACCUGCUGAUACUGAACAAAGCAGACUUCUUGACUCACGCACAGCGACGCACUUGGGCCAAAUACUUUGACGCCUGUCAGCUCACUGUCGCAUUCUUCUCUGCCACUUUAGCUGCUGAUGACUCCAUUCCGGAACAAUCAGAAGAUGAACAGAGUGAAGAGGAAGAAGAGCAGGAGGAUGAAGGCAAUGACAGUGAAUACGAAACGGAAGAAGAAGAAGAGGUUAUUGGAGACGAAGAUGUUUCAGUCUUUAAUGGAAAAAACUCAGCCAAGCUGUUGGGUCGAGAAGAGCUGAUUGCUCUAUUUAAGAGGUUGCUGCCACAGGACCAUCCCCGGGUGAUGAGGGGAGUAACAACGGUCGGACUCGUGGGUUACCCCAACGUAGGCAAGAGCUCUACCAUCAAUGCGAUACUCAAGGACAAGAAGGUUUCUGUCUCCGCUACCCCGGGAAAGACUAAACAUUUUCAGACUCUGUAUGUGGACCAACAUCUGUUGCUGUGUGACUGUCCCGGACUGGUGAUGCCCAGUUUCGUCACAACCAAGGCAGACAUGGUAGUUAAUGGUAUACUACCUGUGGACCAGAUGAAGGAUCACGUUCCGCCGGUGAACCUACUGGCCACUCUCAUUCCCCGUGAAGUGCUUCAGGCACAUUACAGCAUCAUGAUUCCCAAACCGAUGGAGGGGGAGGAUCCUGACAGACCCCCCACAGCCGAAGAGUUGCUUAAUGCUUAUGGGUAUUCGAGAGGCUUCAUGACGCAGAACGGACAGCCAGACAACCCUCGCUCAGCUCGCUACGUGCUCAAGGAUCUGUUAUGUGGGCGGUUGUUAUACUGUCAGGCACCACCCGGUAUACCUCAGAGUAGCUACCACACAGUCCCAGUCACUCGCCCUCGACACGUUCCCCAGCCCACACCUGCAGCCGUACGUGCUGCUGCGGUGAACAAAGUGAGUGGAGAUGACUUAGACAAAAUGUUCUUCAAGAAGGCAUCUCUGGGUGCUCACAGCAAGGGAGUACAGAGGAUAUCGUCUGGUUCAACCUCACAGCCUGGCAGUGUUUCAGGAUCUACGAUGUCACUAAAUGGAGAAGAUAAACCCUGGAAGAACCACAAAGAGAAGAGGAACAAGAAAGAGAAACUUAGGAGACUGUACAGACAUUUAGAUGUGCAAUGAAUACAGAAUUCUCACUUAACGAUUUUCCACUAUUUGUAAAUAAAUUGUUAAUCAUGUAAAUAUCAGUAGUAUCUAGAAAUAAAAUAUGGUUUUUAUGUUA